AUAUAAUUAUAAUUACACGUAAAUGAAAACAACUUUUUGCAUUCUCAACGUUCGAAAAAAUAAUUUUAUUGCUUAUAUAUCAAGUGUAAAUAUUUGUUUUAUAAAUGCACCAAAAGGUGGUUUUUAAUAUUUUAGACAACUCGCCAAUGCAACAGUUCUCCAAAAAGUAAUUUAAUGAGUGGCCGAAAUUGUAAAAUUCAUUAACAACUUUUAUGCUUAUAAACAAGUGAGAUUGAACUUAUCACUUACGGCGUGUGAGUGAGAAAGAAACCUGUGCAAUGCGUAGGCAGCGAAAAAAUUAUAUAUCGGAUGAUACGAAUGCCCAUCAAUCUGCCAUCAUGUCUUAUAUGCCAUUAAAUAGGGAGGCGAAUGAUGAUGACUUUCUUCACAUGGAACGGAUGCCACGCUCUGCGAGUAUGAUAAAUGGGCAAACACAACGCUUUGGAAACACUAUUGAGGCAAAAGUGGAAGUGGGCGACACUUUGCAGGCAUUAGCACUACGAUUUCAUUGUUCUGUGGUAGAUAUCAAACGACUUAAUAAGAUUGACAAAGAUAAUGAAAUUUAUGCGAGAAAAGUGGUAAAAAUACCUGUAACACCACAUUCGGUAUUAUUGGAAACUCUACCAAUUGUCCACAAAAGUGGAAGCAAUAGUCCAACUCAAGCCGAACAUGAUUCUUUGGAGACAACUAUUAUGAAAAAUCCUUUGGAAGAUGCGAAAAUUGUGUUGGGAGAAAAGCUUAUCGUAGCUUCAGUAAAUUCUUCUAGCAGCAGCAAUCAAGGCAUAGUUGAUAUCAAUAACACAAUUUUAAAUUCAAAGUUGACGAGGAAGGAGAGCGCUUAUACGGACAAUGAAGCAAAUCAUUCGAAUGAUAAUGAUUCAGCAGCCCUGCUGGACGAUAUACUCAACGACGAUUUUGCCGAGACUCAUGUGCGGCCUAUACGCGGCCCAUCGUUAAGUGCUCUACAUUGGUCUGGUUCCGAUGGCGAUAUGACCUGGGUGUGUUUGUUUGUUGUAAUUCUGGCAUUGUGUUUUGCCAUCCCAUUGAUAGUUGUGAUAUUUUGGACACAUCCGCACAGUAACAGCAACAGCACCAAUAAUAAUACUUCAACAGCGAACUGACAAUUGAUUGGGUUGAUUGAUGGAUCGAUUGAGUGACAAAUCUCUAUAUUUGAAAAUUCGUAUGUUUAUUUUAAAUGUAUAUGAUAUUUAUAGUAUACAUGUACUUGAAGAUCCAAAAACCGGGGGCAGGACAAGGAUUGUACAUUGUGAUUUUUUGCACACAUUUUCAGAGUUAGCGAAUAAAGAAAAUCGUAUUCAUAGUUGGUAAUCGAAACAAUAAAAAAUAAUUUAAAAAAGUAUAUAACACUUAAAUAACAAUGUAGGAUGACAAAGUGAGGUGUAAAUUUGCAGAAGUGCCUUCUUUUUUUGAAAAGUCUUCAAUGUCUCAGGAUAUGUUUUAUUAUAAAAAUGUCGGGACAUGUUUAGUUUUCAUUUAAUUCUUUUAGAAAUAUUAUGCGCUUUUCUUUUUAUAAAUACUUACAAAUGUAAAUUAACAUCAUGGCUAAUUUUAGUAAAUUGUUAACCGAAACAAUUAUAUCUUCCAAAACUGUUUGUGAAUCAUGCUAAGAAAUAAAUAUUUAUGUGGUAAAAAACAAAUUUUCUAAAAAUAUAAA